CUACUCACACCGUGUGAACACAUCAUGCCAGUUAUUGUCAUGUGUGAUCCGGCGUGCGAGCUACUUCAAAGUUUUUUGAAUUUACUCGCACUUGCAUGCUUCACAACGUCAAAAACAGAAUUUAGCGUUCGAAUCAGUGAUGCCAAAUGUAAUGAAAUGUCUCUAUUUUUAAGAUAUUUGAAAAUAUGUGAAGAUAUUUAUAGACUUGAAAAUUAUUGGAAAAACAAAUAAAACCCUCAUAGUUUCUAAACGAAAUAAUUGUUAUUUCGUUUUGCACGCUGGCGGGGCACGCUUUCUUUUUGAGAUAGUUUUCUUGAGAAUCUCUAAUAUAGAAUCAUUAUCAGAUCACAACUUACAAAAAAAAGUAUUGUUCUAAGAAACAGAAUACAUAUUCGAUUUAAAAAAGUACAUUUUCAUUCAUUAUUAAAAUUUUUGAAGCGUAUCUAUUGCACCUGCAAAUCGACUAUCAUUUUCAUUUCACAAAAUAAAUAAAAUUAAAAAAAAAAUCUUUUAGACUACCAUUUAUAACAUCACAUCCUUUCGGAAUUAUCUGAGCUAUGGAUGUUUUCGAGAUUCUAAAAAAUAUCGACAACAAUCCCAACGAUAUUCCAAAACAAAGGCACAUCAAUGUCAUUUCUAAUUUAACUCUUGCAGGUACAGCAUCCCUCAUGACUGUAUCUUGGCGUUGUAUUCGUGGAGCAAUUAAAUCCAACAGUUUUUUCACUUGUUCAGGUGUUAUUACCAACACUGCUCUGUAAUCUCGGGGAUCCUCAUCGUAGAGUUCCUUCAAUAUUGUAUUUGUUGCUCCUUUUCUUUGCAUCUAAUUCCUGGCCCGAAUCCUUUUCUCUUUCUGCUUUUUCGGAUAGUACCUUCAGUUCAAAGAAAUUCAGCACAAAGUAUGUAUUUUUAAACACGAUCAGCGUUUGUUUUGCUAUAAAAUUGUGUGAUGAUACAUUCAACUGAAAACCUAAGAUGAAAACUGCCAAUAAAGAAGUCGAUUUUGGACCAAUCAUUUGACAAAUUCGGACCUGAUUGCUGUUUCUGACUGUUUGAUGGACAUUUGAAAAGUCGCCUGGCAUCCCUGGUAAACCCGUGCCGUAGUAUCUAGUUUCUCGCCAGCAGCUCACACUGUGUGAACGGACAAGGCGAGUCAACCAAUUGUCAAGCGAGUCCACCGGGUCAGUAGCUGCUCAUUGUCAAGUCAGCUACUAGCAACGUAUAAAUGGGCCUUUAGGGCCGACUAAUCUGAUUGAGAGGAUUGAGAGGAGUUGGCCUCAUACAAACUAAUGUCGUAUCCAGAUGUCGACACCAUUCCGCCGUCAACGUGAAUUGAUUGUGUAUAAUUUGGGAAGUUGUUCGAACAUUAAUUUUUCUCAUUUUAUUACUCCGGAAAAUGUUAAACGAAAAUAUAUGUAUAAGUUUGUAUCGAGUUUUUCCAAUUCUCGAGAAUAAGCUCGUAAACUUGCCGGUACCCGAUCACGAAAUAAUUCAAUUAUCGAUCCAGCUGGAACAAGCGCAAGCCAUUCCGGUGAUAUAUGAAACCAUAUUCUUCAAAAUCGAACGAUUGCUGCGUCAUGAAACGGUUCCCAAGUUCUGGCGUAACUUCAAUCAUUCGCCAUCGAUGGGCGAACCGCAAGCCCAAGGUUCUAGACGGGAUACAAACCGGCAUUUUUUCCGCUUCCAACAAGCUGUUCAUGAGCUGCACGAAGACUUCGUGGGAUACUACUUGCAGUUGAAACGUCUAGAGAAGCUUAAGCGGGGAAUAGCUUUGCCGAUUGAUGUGGCCAAAAAGCCUAACGAUCUCGGUGAGUUUCAUCGUAUGUUUCGAUGUUUGCUUCUCUCACAGCUGCCGGCGCAUUUCAACGAUCUAGUGUACGAAUUUUAUAACACAGCCUUUAAGGUAUUUGCGCUGAGUCAUGCGGAAACAGAGGAUUGUAUGGAUAUCCCUGAAACGUAUCAAUGCACCGCAUGUGGGGCAGAGUCUGCUCAUUGUCAGUGUCAGAGUUUGGCUAAUGCUUUCGCUAGUACGAAUCGUUAUCUAACUUCUAUGGGGCUGCUGGACAAAAUUGCAGGAUUCACACUGACGACAUUGAUUCAGGAAAGAAUCGAUGCCAGGAUUGUUGAUACUAAAGAAAGCUUCUCUGUUUCGUAUGUCGAAACACUAGAAAGGUGGCUAAAUACCGUCGUGUUGCAGUGGUUAACUAGAAUUUACAAUCGUGGCUCGCUAACCGUAUCUCCCACGAACAAAAAGAUUGAGGAAGCGAUUAAUAACUUUCAGACAAAGCUGAGCUUCUAUAUGUAUGAAAAUUAUGCCAAUGCCAUAAUUGAUCAAUUCUUCAGCAUUAUAAUUGAUUUUCCCAUGUCCCUCGCAUCGAUUGAUGAUUUGAAGUUAUGUCUAGAGAAGAUCGAUUUGAGGAGUCACCUUAUUAAGACGGUGAAGCAAACGCUUGAAACGAAAUUGUUGCAUCCGGGUGUCGAUACCCCAGAUAUACUAACCGGUUAUGUCGCGGCUAUAAAAACCUUGCGUCAUUUGGAUCCUUCCGGGGUUUUCUUGCAGACAAUUACCGAACCGGUAAAGGAAUAUCUGCGAAGUAGACCCGACACUGUUCGUUGUGUUGUAACCAGUUUAACGGAGGAAGGCUGCUCCGAUCUGUCCGACGAACUUGCCAAAAGUGAAAAUGUGAAGGUAAAAGAUAACGUCAAUGAAAAAUUAGAACUGACAGAUUGGGAAAAUUGGAAUCCGGAUCCAGUCAAUGUGGAUGUUGUUGCCACGAAAGAUGCUCGCCCUGGUAAACCUUCGGAUAUUAUCUCCAUGGUCGUAGAUAUCUAUGGCAGCAAAGAACUGUUUGUAAACGAGUAUCGCAAUUUACUGGCUGAAAGACUUCUCUCUCAGCUGGAUACAAACCCGGGAAAGGAAAUUCGUAACCUUGAGCUAUUGAAACUUCGCUUUGGCGAAACGAUGUUGCAUAGUUGCGAAGUGAUGUUGAAAGACAUGAACGACUCCAAGAAAAUUAAUUCACAUAUUCUUUUCAGUGAAUUUGGAUUUCAACAAGAAAAACCAUUCGAUAUAUCGGCGUUGAUAGUUUCUUCCCAGUUUUGGCCAACGUUCAAAAAGGAAACAAUGGAGUUGCCUCCCGUCAUCAAAGAAAUGUUCGAUCGAUAUACGAAAGCGUUUGAACGCUUCAAAGAUAAUAGAACUCUUCAUUGGACCCCACUCAAUGGGAAGGUCACAAUCGAAAUCGAACUGGAUGGCAAAACAACUGAGAUGCAGGUUACACCUGCGCAAGCUACUAUUGCAAUUUUAUUCGGGGAACAACGGGAGUGGGAAUUGGAAAAACUAGCACAGAAGAUGAAUAUGCCUCCGUCAAUCCUUCGGAAGCGUCUUAUCUUCUGGCAGUCCCAGGGUCUUAUUCGUGAAGUACGUGAGUAUUAUUACAUCCUCAACGAUCGGGCCAGCAGAUCUGAGGUUGCAGACGAAAUACAAACCCAAGCUCCAGAUGUGUGUGAAGACGACGAAGCUGAAAGCGCGAUGGAAUCAGCCAGUGAUCAAAGGGAGGAGGAACUGCAAGUUUUCUGGUCCUAUAUCGAAGCAAUGCUCACUAAUCUUGAUUCACUACCAUUGGACCGCAUUCAUCAAAUGCUGAAAAUGUUCGCACCUCAAGUUGACUUCUCCCAAGAAGAAUUGAAAAAUAUAUUACAAAGGAAAGUUCGUGAACACAAACUUGUGUACGCAGGGGGAGUAUAUCAAUUACCCAAAGUUUAGAAAACCCUCGUUGAUUUCAAAAAUAUAUAUUAUGAUUGUUUUAUAUUACUUUUUUAAGAAAAUACAUGAAA